AUGCCACUCUAUGCCAAGUUCCUGAAGGAGCUGAUGACUAAGAAGAGAAGCUGGAAGAACAAUGAGACUGUGAUACUAACCGAAGAAUGUAGUGCUAUCAUCCAGCACAAACUACCCCAGAAGUUGAAGGAUCCUGGGAGCUUUCAGAUCCCUUGUAUUAUAGGGGAAAUCACAAUAGAGAAGGCCCUUUGUGACUUAGGAGCCAACAUCAAUUUGAUGUCAGUAGCAAUGAUGAGAAAGAUGAAGAUUGAGGAGGCUAAACCAACAAAAAUGGCCUUACAACUGGCAGACCAAUCGUUCAAGUUCCCUCAUGGCAUAGUAGAGGAUUUGUUGGUGAAAGUAGGAGACUUCAUAUUCCUGGCAGAUUUUGUAGUGUUGGACAUGCAGGAGGAAGCCAAGACCUCCAUUAUUCUGGGAAGGCCGUUCUUAGCUACUGCUGGAGCUAUCAUUGAUGUCCAAAAAGGUGAUCCUACCUUGAGAUUAAACAAUGAAAAGAUGACAUUCAAUGUGUUUAAGGCCAUGAGUUACCCACCAGAACAAUUGGGGGAAUGCAUGAGGUUAGACGCACUUGAAGAAGAAGUGCAAGAGUGUUUUGAAGAAGAAGAGCAUGAAGAGCCCGAGAGAUCAAUGGAGGAGGAGUAUAUAUCAAGUGAGGAUGUUGCAAUAGCAGAGAGUCAUGUUCAAGAUGCACCAAAGGAAGAGACUGAAAAGUCAGAGGAACCCAAGGUUGAACUCAAAGCAUUGCCACCCACUCUCAAAUAUGCAUACCUAGGAGAAAAUGAAAACUACAUAGUGAUCAUAAGCUCAUGCCUCAGCCAAGAUCAAGAGGAUAAACUGCUCAAGGUGCUGUGGGAGCAUAAGGACGCCAUCGGAUGGACCCUUGCUGACCUGAAGGGAAUCAGUUCAGCUAUAUGCAUGCAUAAAAUGCUGUUGGAAGAUGAUGCAAAACCAUCCAUUCAAUCCCAAAGAAGGCUGAACCCAAUCAUGAAGAAAGUGGUACAGAAAGAGGUUAUGAAGCUUUGGCAAGGAAGAGUAAUAUACCCGAUCUCAGACAGCCCUUGGGUCAGCCCCGUGCAUGUUGUGCCCAAGAAGGGAGGAAUCACUGUGGUUCCCAAUGAGAGGAACGAACUGAUACCUACAAGGACCGUCACAGGAUGGCGGAUGUGCAUUGACUAUCGGAAACUCAAUGAAGCUACACGAAAGGAUCAUUUCCCUCUCCCAUUCAUGGAUCAAAUGUUGGAAAGACUCGCAGGACAUGCUUAUUACUGUUUUCUUGAUGGAGGAAUAGUUCUUGGCCAUAAGAUUUCUAACCAAGGAAUCGAAGUGGACAGGGCUAAAGUGGAACUUAUUGAAAAGCUUCCUCCACCCAGUGAUGUCAAGGCAAUUAGAAGCUUUUUAGGGCAUGCUGGCUUUUACAGAAGAUUUAUUAAAGAUUUUUCAAAAAUAGCUAAGCCCUUGAGUAAUCUCCUUGUAUCAGAUACACCAUUCAUCUUCGAUGAAACCUGCAUGUUGGCAUUCGAGCAUUUGAAAGAAAGAUUGUCCUCUGCCCCUAUCAUCUCCCCACCUGAUUGGAGCUUACCCUUUGAAUUGAUGUGUGAUGCAUCUGACUUUGCAGUAGGGGCAGUGUUAGGGCAGAGGAAAAAUAACUUAGUCCAUGUAAUAUACUAUGCUAGCAAGGUCCUCAAUGAUGCUCAAAGAAAUUAUACCACUACUAAAAAGGAAUUGCCAGCCAUAGUUUUUGCAUUUGACAAGUUUAGAUCGUACCUCAUUGGUGCUAAAGAGUUUGAUAUUGAAAUCAGAGACAAGAAGGGAGUGGAGAACAAGGUGGCAGAUCACCUAUCCAAGAUUCCUUAUGAGGAAGGGGGAACACAUGAUAUUAGUGUGAACGAGCUCUUCCCUGAUGAGCAGUUAAUGACAGUGCACAAAGCCCCAUGGUUUGCAGACAUUUCCAACUUCAAGGGAACUGGGGCUCUACCUCCAGGGAUCAAUAAACAUCAAAAGAGGAAGCUCAUGAAUGAUGCAAAAUACUUUGUCUGGGACGAGCCUUAUCUCUUCAAGAAGUGUUCAGAUGGAAUCCUUAGAAGAUAUGUCUCAGAAGAGGAAGGACGAGAGGUAGUAUGGAAUUGCCACGGCUCAUGCUACGGAGGCCACUUUGGAGGGGACAGGACUGCAGCAAAGGUGUUACAAAGUGGAUUCUUUUGGCCCACCCUUUUCAAGGAUGCCAAAGAACUGGGAAUAGAUUUCAUGGGACCAUUCCCAACCUCAUAUGCAAACAAGUACAUCUUGGUAGCAGUGGAUUAUGUGUCCAAAUGGGUAGAGGCCAUUGCAACCCCAACAAAUGACAACAAAGUGGUCAUGAACUUCCUCAGGAAGAAUAUCUUCAGCCGGACAGCAUUCAAAACACCACUGGGAAUGUCCCCAUAUCAACUGGUUUAUGGGAAAGCUUGCCAUUUACCACUAGAAUUGGAACACAAAGCUCUCUGGGCCAUCAAGAUACUAAACUUUGAUAGCAUUGCUGCUGGUGCAAAGAGGAUCUUGCAGCUGCAAGAGAUGGAGGAAUUCAGGUCACAAGCCUAUGAAAAUACUAAGAUAUAUAAAGAGAAGGCAAAGAGGAGACAUGACCUGCAUCUUGCACCCAGGGAUUUCGAAAAGGGGCAGCAAGUACUCCUCUACAAUUCCAAAUUGAGACUGUUCCCAGAAAAACUCAAAUCGAGGUGGUCCGGGCCUUUCAUUGUCAUAAAAGUCUCACCAUAUGGACACAUCGAAAUCAUGGAUGAAAGGUUAGAGAGGACUUUUACAGUGAAUGGACAAAGACUCAAGCAUUAUCUGGGCAACAUAGGGGAAAACCCCAGAGUAAAAUAUCAUCUCAAGUGA